AAAAUGCAUCCCUCCGCCCUCGCCUUCGUGCUGGUAACCCUUCUGUCGGUUUCCCUGGGAUUCCCACGAGGAAAUGCACCUGUUCCCCGGGCGUUACUCGAACUGCGAAAGCCCCUCACGCAUCUCGACAUGGAGACUCUGAAGGCUAACAUGAACUCCCGCCCCAAGGUUGAGUUCUACGUCAAGUGCGUGACUGUUGGAGAACCGUGCGACAGGGUUGGCCACGCUCUCAAGAACCUUCUCGCUGCCGAGGCCUCCGGACCCACCAACUGCCGCGGGUGUACCGAGAGCGAGCUGGAGCGAGUCAGGUACGUGAUGACUUCCCUGGAAAGAGACUACAAGGACCUGGCGUGCGAGCUGCAGCGGUCCAGGAAUAUUCCGAUAUUCCCCCGAGAUCCCUGCGUCUGAAGCACCAAAUCGCCAGGCAUCAUCACGCAAGAGCAAGAGUAAUUAACGAUUUAAUUACGAUCUAAUUACACUUUAAUUAAGAUUUUAUUCGAGGAUGAAGAUGUGGCUUCGUGUGUUUGUAAAGUUUAUGUAGUAAAUGUUUAUCUCGAAUGUGA